AUGCUACAGGAAAAUAUGGCGUUGGUAAUGUUACCAUGCGACCUGCCAUGGUGGGACAGCGUAAAAAAACACCUGAAAAAAAUCGCCAGCACAAAGAAUACCCUGGAAAUCAUUGAAGCCAUGCAAAAAAUAUAUGAAAUGUGCAAUGUAAGUCUGGAUCCAGACGACGACUUGGUCGACCCUGAUCAGUUUACCGGCCUCCUUAAUUUUCUAGAAAACGACGUAACAAACGAAGAGCGUAGCAAUUUGAUGAACAGAACGUUGCCAAAUGUGGUGAAACACGCCAUCCUGAUAAAGGAAAGAAAACCGAAGCGGGGACUCCACUUCAGCUUGCAACAACAAGCUGACUGUACUGAACUGGACUACGCCUUUGUCACGUCGCUUCUGGCAAACGCUUUUUUCUCGACAUUUCCAAAAAGAACCGACAAAAGUCAUCCGACGUUGCAGAACUUUAAUUUUUCCAAUUUUUUCAAAAACCUCGCCGACAACCCUCAAAAAACCAAGCUCAGAAGCGUUUUCCAUUUUUUUGACUGGAUUGAGGAAGGUGGGCGUAUAAAUGGACACAUUACCGUGCAGAGACAGGUGAUGACAUCUAAAGAGUGGCUUACCAUAGAAGACUGGUUGGAAUGCAGCUUACCUCUGUGCCCUCUACAAAUAAAACACGAGGGAAAACUGGAGAGAUCCGAUAUAGACUCGUUGCAGAUAUUAUUUGCUUCAGCCAAAAUCGGAGGUGAUGUGUUGAGGAACGGUUCGAACCAAGAAAGCACACACUUAGCCACAAUCCCGGAAUUAAUCAUGGUGCUACUAAACAUAGAAUCACUGGAGGAUAACGAGGUGCUCACAGUUGGUAGAGUAAGAAGAGUUUCUAGGAUAAAAGACCCCAAAAACAAAGCUGUACUGGAGAAGCUAGACGAUGCUCAACCCAUAUCAGUGUGCUGUAUGGACGCGGACGACUACAAAAAGUUACCCAUAAGUCAAUAUGAAGAGGACAACGUUUUAAGAGAGUUAAACAAGUGCUUAUUGGCCUUCCAGCAGAAACCGCACAAAACCAAUGAUAUACCAGUACAAAGGGAUCGUCAGCGACGCCUAUCGCCCAUCGGUGAAUCGAUGGGCUCCAAUGUAUCCGAAGGUAUACCGUUGAUAACCCAGCAAUCCGCCAGCACUACGCGUACCGACUCUAACCGCAGUGAAUCCCCUGAUAACAACAACACCAACAAAUUAAGGGUAAAGCUGGAGAUGGAGAGAAAUCUCAAGAAGAAGGGCCAAAUUAGCUGUGAAGCCUUGGUCCACAAUAGGAGAGGGAGGUUCAUAGUUCUAGGUUCUUCAGGUGAAUGUCUUCCAGUCACCAGAAAUCCGAUGAAGAAAGAUGAGAGCAUGUUCUCGAGCUGUGACAGUAGCGAGGAUGAGUUUCAUAGUGCCAAAACAAGCCUAGAUGAUGGCAGCGAAGACGAGAACUAUCACAAACGAUACAGUAUAGAUUUGGAGACGCCGGAAAGGAGAUCAUCCUUCGCUCAGCGUCUUAAAGACGCCUUAAAACACGAGAUAUCACCGAGUCUUUCGAGUUCCAGUGACGACUCAAGCUAUGCAGUUGGAAUCAACAUCACUGGAGCUGGGGUGACAGACAAAGAUAUUAGGGUACGGAGAGGUGGCUCAACAGGUUUUGCUUUGCAAGAGGAUUCCGUGGAUGAAGACUAUCUAGAGCAUUCGUUGAAACAAGAACGACAGUGGAUUGAUAAAUUUAAGAGCAAGCAGUCUGCGUUGAGCAGGAAAGAGUCCAACAAAUCUUCAGAAUAUAGUUUCAGUACUGAUUUCAGUUCUGAGCAAGAAGAACUGUAUGAGCAGUUCUCUCAUUGGCUGAACAAUCCGAUCCUGGAAGUGGAUAAAGGAACAAAGAGGGAGUUGGAUGCAAGGGAUCUGGCUGUGGUGAAAUUCGCCGGGUCCAUUCUAAAAAGGACUUUAAGCGAGUCGUUCGCUGGCAUACCAGUACCUCUAACCGAAAACUGUGAUUCUAGCCAUCAGGAUUUCAAAACUAAAAAGAACAAGUUGAUUUUAAACGCCAAAUCUCUAAGUUUGGAGCUCGCCAGGCAGAAGCACCGAUUAGCCGCGCAACUGAAUGACAAUAUAGAAUCUGCAAUUAGGAAGAUUCCCAAAGACUUAACUUGCAAGGUAGAUGCUUCGACAAAAAAUUUAACAAAAAAGCGCAGAGCUUGGUUUAUUACUUGUGUCAGUGACGCCAUCGUGCAAACACUAGAAGAAACCACUUUUAACUUUGCUUUACCGCAAGAAGAAAAGCUGUCAGAACUGUGUCAAAAACCGCACAACGGGCUUAGAGCCAUAAGCACUGGGAAUUGGGGUUGCGGAUCUUCGAGAAAAGGGGACGUGCAACUCAAGGUCAUCGUGCAAUGGCUCGCCUCCAGCGUUGCCGGAGUUCCCUCGCUCAUUUACUACACGUACGGCCACGAAAACCUGGCCAAGCUGGACACCGUGUGCCGGAUAUUGGUGGACCGGAAGUGGACCGUCAAAGAUUUGGCGCAAGCCACCUUGAGAUACUCGAAUCAGGUGUUGCACGGCAGGGAGGUUAGCGGUACCCUGUUCGAGGAGUUGAUUGGGGGUUGAUGUGACGUUUUUAAGGUUAUACAGGCUUGCCAACGUAUGCGGUGUGUCCUCUGAUAGAGUUCAAUUUUUCGGUUUUAUUUUAGUUUUAAUGAGUCUUUGUGCAGGAAUUCCUAAAAUUUGGUUUCAACAUGUUGCGGAUGCUGAAUUUUCGACAUCCGCGGAUGCGGAAAUGGAUGCAUUUUAAGACUCACAUGAGGCGGAUACCAAAAUUUAUGCGGAAGUUCCGCAUCCCUGGCAUCGAAUUUAACAUCAGCAUCCGCAAAAACAAAAAUUAAUGCGGAAGUUCCGCGACCAAAAAUUCCUGCUACAUCGCUGGUAUCGACUUUCACAUCAGCAUCCGCAAAAACUCUACAGAUGCUAAAAUGAAUGCGGAAGUUCCGCGUUUGCAAAUUUCUGCUACAUCCCUGGUAUCGACUUAAACAUCAGCAUCCGCAAACUCAGUAUUUUUUGCUGCAAGUGCUAAAAUUAAUGCAGAAGUUCCGCGAUUGAAACAUUCUCUACCCGCGCACACACUGCAUACUUGAUAAUUCAAUAUAUGUAUGUUUUUAAUACAUUUGGGCCUGUAUAGUUUGCUGUAUUAUACAAACGAUUUCCUACGUUUGGAGAUUAUAAAUAUUUUUACUCAUUAGGUUGUAAUACAAUAAGUAUACUUAUACAUAUUAAAAUUAAUACAGGGCGUACCUGUGUAUAACGCCUUACUGUACAAAAAAUAUAUUUAAGUGGAAUAAAAUCAAAUUUUUAUAUUUCUUUUUAUUGUAUGGUUGUAUAUAUAACAAUAUUUAUAUGCUUUAUGAAAGUUAUUUUUGAAGAAAAAAUAGUGCCUCGUUGUUAAAACGUUAAAAAAGUGUUCACACAGUUUUUUACCCAAUUUUAUGUAAUAUUACACCUUUGCGCAUCAGGAAUUGUAACAGUGUAACAGUCUUCCAUUUUUAAGGCAACUUUUUGUAAACGAGCAUAAAAAAAGACAAUGUGGAGUGUUUAUUAUAAAUUUUAAUAAAUACAAUAAAUCAAUAUGUUAAUUUUUAAUGAUAAACCUAAAAGAAAAUACCCCUCAUCCUUCUACCUAAUCCUUGCCUGUCAUAUAGGAUAUUAAACUUGUUCACGAAUUGAUUCAAAUCGUUGCAGCCUUUGGUUAAUGUUCCCAGGUAGGUCAUGAGUCCCACAUCGUUGCAUUGCUAAAAAUAGUGUUGGAAGAAAACGGUAAAAGGCAUAAAAAUCGUUCUUACAUUAUAGAAGUCCUGCCUGAACCUCUGGCUCUGUAUCACAGGCAACCUGUGGCACAGAGAAUAAGCCUCUCGCAUAACCUCGUGAUUCAUCGGCAGCUGUCCGCUUUGCACUGCGCGCAUGUACUCCAAAACCAAUCUGACUCGAGAGUGCAACAUUUUGAUGGCGCUGUGUUGAGCAGUUAAGUGCUCGGCCACCAGAGAACUCUCUCCAGAGUCGGCGGAGCACAUUCUGGCAACGUGGUCUACACCGAUACGUUCCGCCUCUUCUGUGGCUAAAGUGUAGCUCAGCGAUACGAACAGCAUCGUGGCCUCGCCACUCACUAAAUCUAUCACUGAUUCGUAGAGAUUUACUGGUAGAUGCU